UUUUCCUGAAAGUCUAUCUAAAUUGUAGAAUAACUUGUCAUUUUCACUACUUAGCGGUUUCUGUUUCUGAAAUGUUUGCUAAACAAAUAUUUAGCAAAUGGCCAGCGUUAUUUUCUGUGUUUAAACACUCCCCGUCAACCUCCGGUGCGGCUAAUCCAUUUUCGGCUCAAACGGCAAUUAAAUUUCCUUUUGCCGCUGUAUGUAGCCGAUAUUGUUCGACAGUGGCAAUACCCCAGCUUACCGAUGGAUCUGUCGUACAGAAGGUUAACAAACAAAUUGCAUCCGGCAAUGAAGGGCGCUUGUUCGCGGUAGUACAACUUUGCGGUAAACAAUUCAAAAUCACGGCCGGGGAUAUAGUUAUUGUCGAAGGCUACUGGCCUCCUACAAAUGGAGACCGUAUUCGACUGGAUAAGGUACUCGUUGCGGGUGGAACGGAUUUUUCCCUGAUUGGACGACCGCUAGUUUCGCCUAAUUUGGUGGAUGUUCAAGCAACAAUCGUUGAAAAGUCACUUUCGCACACGAGGACACACUUCAAGAAGAAGCGAAGGAAGCAAUACAUGCGUAUCAAUUUCUACCGAACACAGCAAACGAUGAUUCGAAUCAAUUCGAUAGAAAUUAAUCCGAAUGGUGUAGAAACGCAAGGUGAGACUAAUUUGCCAGAAAAAUUCUUUUGAAUUUUGGUAUGCUAUUUAGAAUAAUAAAUGUAGA